AUGUCAGCACGCGGAAAGCAGGGAGGCAAAGCUCGCGCCAAGGCCAAGUCGCGCUCGUCUCGCGCUGGCCUCCAGUUCCCGGUGGGCCGAGUGCACCGGCUCCUGCGCAAAGGCAACUACGCCGAGCGGGUGGGGGCUGGCGCGCCCGUCUACAUGGCGGCGGUGCUGGAGUAUCUGACGGCUGAGAUCCUGGAGCUGGCGGGUAACGCCGCUCGAGACAACAAGAAGACGCGUAUCAUCCCUCGCCAUUUGCAAUUAGCCGUGAGAAAUGACGAAGAACUCAACAAGUUACUUGGAGGUGUUACCAUUGCUCAGGGUGGCGUCUUACCCAAUAUCCAGGCUGUCUUGUUGCCCAAGAAAACGGAGAGUCAUAAGCCUGGCAAGAACAAGUAAUUGGGCUUGACACCACACCAGUCCCACCCCCAAAGGCUCUUUUAAGAGCCACCAAAGUGUCAAAUGAAGGGCUGGUAACAGUUAAGUAGCGCCUUAGCUCUUUUUUUGAAAGGUUGGGUGGCUCUAAAAAGAGCCUUU